AUGGCACCCGACAGACUGUCCCGAGAGCGGUGCGAAAGUACCGAACUUCCCACACGCUGCCUGGACACCACCGAGUGCACACACCCCGACACCCCCGCGUCUCAACCACCACACGCACACACACAUAGCAGUCCAUCAGCUACCUCGGGCGAUGACAGCCCAGACAAGCACCGGCCAGCCACCGAUAGGUAUACGCACACACGUACACAGAGUCACAAGUCUGGUUUAACGUACACUGUCGCCAGCCGCAGCGCUACACACCUGUCUGCUGUACCGGGUGAGGGGUCGGCACGGGACAGGCCCAGGUCACAGCCACCCAGGCGCAUCUGUGCCCUGCCCCCGAAACUAGUGUUUAAGAGGACCAGCACCCAACCGAACCUCAACCGCACCUCGGAUUUCGGGACAGGGCCGGGAUGA